AUGCUGACUACCAUUGCUCCUAGUGAAAAAUCGCUCGAAUCGGGUCUUCAGUAUUGGCUGGUAUUUUUGAAUUUCGUCGUGCAGAAGCUAGAUCUACACAAGGAUGACCAGGGUAUGGAUGAGGAUGAUAGGGAAGAAAGAAGAAGGCUGUGGUGGGCCACCUAUAUCAUCGAUCGGCAUGCCGCUUUAUCGUUCAAUGGGCGCCCACGUCUCACUGAUCAAGAAUGCUCGUCGUUGCCCACACCGUGCCCAGAUGCGAUUUGGGACUUUCCGGCACCGUUGCCUCGAUCGGAGAACCGCCCCCCUCAGAGUAUGGUAUGGAGAUAUCAAGUCCAUAGUCUAGAUAUGCUUGGGACGUUCUUGCCCCUAUCGAGAAUCUUAGGCGACAUUCUUGAGUAUCGCUUCCUCGACGAUCAUCCAACAUUCAACACCAAUAGAGCUCUGCUGGAGACGAGCCGCACAACCAUAAUCCAGAACUUGCAGCUGUGGUUUGAUUCCUUUGAAUCGCUAGUUAAACCUGACUUCUGUCGAAUUGCAGAGCCUGAGUGCGAGCUGCUGCCGGGAGGUAGUAACCCAGCUGUCGCAUAUUAUGGCUUGCACAUGUACCACUGCAUGUUUGUGCUGCUCCACGGUCGCAUGGAUGUGGUUCGCAUGUAUCAUGAUCUUGAAUGGCAGGCAUCUCCCGACUUCCUCAAAGCUGGCGAACACGCUGUCGCGUGCGCAAACGUUGCACGUCACAUCCUCCGGAUUGAUCCUCGACUAAGCUUUAUGUAUCGCUACUUCGGCACAUACUUCCUACAAUCCUCCUUCAUCUUCCUGAUCCUGGCCCAGAAACUAGGCCAACAAUCUGACAGCCUGAUUUUGCGCAAUUGCGCGAUCAAUCUUCAGGUUUUGGACAAAUUUGUGCUAGCCACAAACAUGGAUUACCAGCGAACCUUUGCUGAACUGCUUCGCAAAGCACUUAGCCACAACAUGAAACGAUCUUCCCAGGAUCAAGGUCAUACUUACCAUGACCGUACUUCGGCACUCGAAGAAGUAGAAAGCCAUCUAGAUCCAGAAAUGCUUCGGUAUCGCUGGACUCCGGGCUUUACGGGGCUAUGGGCACAUACAAAGCCUUGA